AUGCGGACCGGGCCCCGGCCGGGACCGCCCCAGGGCGGGCGAGCGGGGGUCGGGCCCAGACGGGGCGGGCCUGGGGCGGGGGUCUGGAGCCGGGACUGGGAGGAGCCUGCGCUCGGUGCCGGGUCAGGGCCAGGCGCGGCGGCCGCGAUGGCGCCCCCGGGAGAGCCGCGGGCGCUGGCCGGGGACCGGGACCCCGACCCCGACCCCGACCCCGACCCCGAGGGGGACCUGGCGGCGCUGGCGGAGCUGGACGAGGCGCGGUUGCUGCAGAGUCUGACCGACCGCUUCCUACAACAGCGGAUCUAUACCUACGUCGGGGAUAUUCUGGUGGCCGUGAACCCCUUCCAGCGCCUGCCGCUCUACGAGAAGCCGAUUGCCGAGAAGUACCGCAGCCGUGCCAAGGGCAGCCUGCCCCCCCACAUCUUUGCUGUGGCUGACCGAGCCUACCAGGCCAUGCUGGGGCGCCUGGGGAUGGGGCCGCAGAACCAGUGCAUUGUCAUCAGUGGAGAGAGCGGUGCAGGGAAGACAGAGAGCACAAAGCUCCUACUGCAGCACCUCAUGAACUUGUGCAGGGGCCACUCACAGCUGGAGCAGCAGAUUCUGCAGGUGAACCCGCUGCUGGAAGCCUUUGGCAAUGCCCAAACAGUGAUGAAUGACAACAGCAGCCGCUUUGGGAAGUAUGUACAGCUGCGGUUCCAGCAGAGCACAGUGAGGGGUGCCAAGCUGAGCGAGUACUUGCUGGAGAAGUCCCGCGUCGUGCAGCAGGAUGCUGGGGAGAGGAAUUUCCAUAUCUUCUACUACAUGUUUGCAGGGCUCUCUGCAGAAGAGAAGGAGAUAUAUGGGCUGCUGGAUCCUGCACGGUACAGGUACAUUGGUGGCCAUUUUGGGACACAGGCCACGACUGAAUGCUGGAAGCACAAGUACCGGGAGGUGUGCAAUGCCCUGGACAUGGUGGGCUUCCAGGAGCAGGAGCAGGUGGACAUGCAGGCAAUCCUGGCUGGGGUCCUGUCUCUGGGCAAUGUGUCCUUCCAGCCCCAGGAGAGCAAUGGGGCCGUGCAAGUGGGCGAAGUCUCCCGGGGCUGGCUGAAGGCUGCAGCGGGACAGUUUGGUGUCCAGGAAGAGGAGCUGCUGAGCUGCCUCAUUUGCACGGUAUCUGUGACCCGGGGGGAGCAGAUUCAGCGGCUCCACACACAGCAGCAGGCAGAGGACGCCCGGGACUCCAUUGCCAAGGUGGCAUAUGGUCGUGUGUUUGGCUGGAUCGUCUGCAAAAUAAAUGAGCUGCUGGCCGAAAGUGUGGACCCUGAUGUAGAGCUGAGGGAAAUCGGGAUUCUGGACAUCUUUGGGUUUGAGAACUUUGUGGUAAAUCGCUUCGAGCAGCUUUGCAUCAACCUGGCCAAUGAGCAGCUGCAGCACUUCUUCAACCAUCACAUCUUCCGGCUGGAGCAGGCCGCCUACCGGGAGGAGGAGCUGCCCUGGGAGACCAUAGCCUUCACAAACAACCAGCCCAUCCUGGACCUGCUCCUGGCCAAGCCGCUGGGGCUACUCUCCCUCCUGGACGAACAGAGCAGAUUCCCGCAGGCGACUGAUAAAACCUUUGUGGACAAACUGAACAGCAGUUUCAAAGGGAACGUGCACUUCCAGCUGGUGCGGGGCCGGGUGCCGAGCUUCAGCAUCCUCCACUAUGCAGGCAAGGUGCAGUAUUCUGCCAGCGGCUUCCUGGAGAAGAACCGGGACACCUUGCCAGCCAACAUCCGUGGCCUCUUCAUCAAUAGCAUCACCCCGCUGCUGAGUGUGCUGUUCACGGCCACCAUCUCCCGGACAGGGACUCUGAUGCCUCACAUUAAAGCCAAGGUGCCUCUGGGAGCAGGGGACAACUUCAACAACACAAGGAAGCAGUCGGUGGGAGCCCAGUUCCGGCACUCACUGUCUGUGCUCAUGGAGCGCAUGUACUCGGCCACCCCCCACUUUGUGCGCUGUGUCAAGCCCAACAGCCGGAAGGAGCCAGGUGUGGCUGACAGCCAGGUGCUGCUGCAGCAGCUCAGGUACAAUGGGCUGCUGGAGACCAUCCGCAUCCGGCGAGAGGGCUUCUCCUGGCGACCGUCCUUUGAAGACUUUGCACAAAAGUACCGAAUCCUCCUGAUCAAGCCGGAUGCUGAUCUUUCGAAGGAGAGCUGUUUAGAAAUUUUGCAGAGCACGGAGCUGGCAGGCUGGAAGUGUGGGAAGUCCCGUCUCUUCUUCAAGUACUGGCACCAGGAGCAGUUGGCAAGGAGCAUAGAGCACUUGGAAAAGGCAGCGGUCACCAUCCAGAAGACCUAUAGGGGAUUCUGCUGCCGGAGGAGCUACCGAGUACUGGUGGCCGAGCGGACUGCUCAGGCACGGCGGCUGCAUGAGGCAGCAGAGAGGGAAAGGAACAGGCAGGUUGAGAUGGAGGCCCAGGCUCCUGAAACAGCUACCCCACCGGUCCCAGUGCCGCGGAGGAGACGUUUGCGGCCCCUGUCCCGUACUCGGGCUGCUGCUGACCUGCCACUGCAGCCCCCAAUCCCACGUCCCCGCAGCAAGCUUACAGAGUCCACUCCCUUUGACAACUUCCUGCACACUGGACCCUGCCCCGCACUGGGGACAGCUGGAGAUGAGGCAAAGAAGAGGCAGCUCAAGAGGGGAGCAACGUUGCGCUGGUUCCGGGAGACGCAGGCCCGGAAGGUGCUGCAGGACGACGGAGCCUUCCCCAGCUGGCUGCAUGGAAUGAUCAGCAGGAGGGAAGCAGAGAACUUGCUGAUGGACAAGCCUCUGGGCUGCUUCCUGGUCCGGAUCAGCCAGAGCCGGCCAGGCUACACCCUGACGUAUAGGGGCACGACCCGCUGCCGCCACUAUAUGAUUGAGGUGCAGCCCAACGCCCGGUACGUCAUCCUGGGUGAGGAUCGGGCACACGCCUCACUCACUGAUCUGGUCCGGUACCACCGCACUGUGGGCAUCCAGCCCUUCUUGGAGACACUGACAGUGCCCUGCGGGCAGGGUGAUGGGAGCGCUGACUACGAGGAGCUGUGGUGCCUCACAAUAGCCCCAGGCUCCGCAGGCCAGCAGAAGGAGCCCCCUCCUGAAGGGCACCCACCCACUGAUGGCCGUGCCAGGCCUGUGGGCACUGCUGCCGCCAUCCUCAAGCGCAUGCAGCUGCAGAAGCCCCGGAGGUGCCAGGAGCCACCACCCGGCAUGGAGGAUGAGGGGGCCGAACUGUGCCUGGGUGAAGGGGAGCCGGCCCGGCGGGCCAUCCCACGCCUCUACCCCUCUAUUCGCCUGGCCAUGCGGGAGAUCCGCCAGCUCUCGUCCGGGCCCUCCGACAGCACCUGGGCGGAGCUGCUGUCCAGCCCCCAGCACUGAGGGUGGCUGGGCCCUGGCAGGAGCAGAGAGGCAGACCCUGCUCAGCCCAUGCUCCAGCAUUACAGGGCCACGUGCCAAGUAGGAACACCAGCAAGAUGCAGCCUCUUCUGUGGGGAUGGGCCCGUGCCGUGCCUCUGAUUGAGCCAGGGAGAAGAGCUCUGCGGCCAGGCUGCUGUUGGGACGCUGCGUGCAUCUGCAAGCCAUUAGGGAGGAGGAGAGGGCAAGAGCUGAAGGCCUGGGGCAGCCCUGGGGAGAGGAGGGGAGAGAAUGUGUGCCCUGCCCCUCCUCGCACCGGAUGUGCCCUCACAAUUAGAGCCCUCGUUGUCAGCCCUUGC